CGUGGAAAUACUUGCUGCAAUCAAGAGUCGUUUCAUGUAGCUGCCGACAUCUAGACCACUGUCGGGAGGCCGUAAGAGAAAUAAAGUCGUCGUAUGCAUGCUGGGUAAAUCGGCUGCGCGAUCAUGGUAAGUCAAGGAGAUGUAUAAAUAAGGAUGUCUCGCCUUCUGGCAUCAUCGUCAACGACCACCUAUUCUACCUUCAAGGUCUCGUCCAUCAACAAUGAUUUCUUACAUCCUUACCUUGUGUCUCAAUCUCUGCCUGGUACUGGCCGCCAGCAGGACUUCUGCCCCUAGUGGUGCACUCGUAGUCAGCAAGGCUCCAGCCAAAGGGCAAUACUCCAAGAUCCAGGAUGCCGUCAAUGCUCUCUCGACUUCUUCCACCACAGCUCAAUCCAUCUUCAUUGAAGCUGGUACCUAUAACGAGCAAGUCUACAUCACCCCUCGCAAAGCUGCCCUCACCAUCUACGGUUACUCGGAGAACACAGCAGACUACAACCACAAUGUUGUCACCAUCACCCAAAAACUGUCUCAGAAUGAAGUAGCCACCAAUGACUUGACUGCUACACUCAGAGCUUGGUCCACAAACUUCAAACUCUACAACGUCAACCUUGUGAACUCCUACGGUUCGGGUAAACAAGCUCUCGCACUCAAUGCUGCUGCUACCAACCAAGGCUACUACGCCUGCAAAUUCAGCGGAUUCCAAGACACAAUCCUCGCCCAAACUGGAACCCAGCUCUACGCAAAAUCCUACAUCGAAGGUGCUACAGACUUCAUCUUUGGUCAACACGCGUCUGCCUGGUUUUCUUCCUGCGACAUCCGCGUUCUUUCCGCUAGUCUGGGUUACAUCACUGCCUCUGGUCGUGCGUCCAAUGAAGCAGGUUACUACGUCCUGGACCACUGCAGUAUCGCCGCUAAAUCAGGGCAAAGUGUUGCUAAAGGAGCAUACUAUCUGGGAAGGCCUUGGGGCGCUUAUGCCAGAGUUGCGGUGCAGAGUACGACGAUUAGUAAUGUUGUCAAUGCGGCGGGGUGGCAUAUCUGGAACACUGGGGAUGAGAGAACUGAUCAUGUCAGUUUUGGAGAAUAUGGAAAUAGUGGGGAUGGUGCUGCGGGGACCAGAGUUAUUGGCACCAAGUUGAGUAAGGCGGUCGCUAUUACUGAUGUCUUGGGCAGUGGGUAUGUUAGUGCGGCAUAUGUUGACAAGGCAUAUCUUUGAGGUGGAUGUUGGCUUGAAGGGUCAUCGGACGGCGGUCGUUGCGAUUAGCGAUCAAUUAUGCUGGACAUAUAGAGUCGACUACAUUGUCAUCACGACUUGUCAUAUAACACACGGAUGUUCUCCG